CAGAGGACUUUUGAAGACUUGGUCAACACGGGAGCCAUCUCAGCACACCCCCCUCUGGGACAUCGCGACUUCGUCAACAUUCUCGCCACCUCAUCCGACGGUCCGUCUGACUUAGCUUCUGAACGGGAUCACCCUCAAUUUCAUCAAAGGGCACUGAGAGGUCACACCAGCAAAACGCUAAGAUCCCGAGAAAGAUAUCUGUUGGGCUCGGUCAGUUGGAGACCAGCGACCUCAAAGUUAUGUUGCACACUAAGUGCGGCACUUCCGUGAGGAUGAGCGUCCACAGAAACGUCCUCGCAGAGCACAGCAAGUUCUUCGCUGAUAAGCUCUCCGAGCAGCCUCCAGUGCCUCAAAUCGAAAUUCUCGAAUGCGACGAUGUGGAGAUUUACGUCGAGACUGUCGGGUUGAUGUACGCUAAAGAUGUGAAGCGCAGGUUGAUCAAGCAGAGUGUUUCACGAGUUCUCCGGAUUUUGAAGAUUGCUGAAACGCUCGGCUUCCAUGCGUGCAUCAAGUCGUGUCUGGAUUACCUUGAAGCAGUGCCUUGGGAAGGAGAAGAAGAGGAAAAAGUUGUGUCCUCGAUCAGACAUUUACAGGAUGAUGGGUAUCGAAUCAGUCCCAUACUUAACCGAGUAGCUUCCGGUUUCUGUCACUCACCCAAUGACACGCUCUCUAAAAUAUUGGAGAUGGUCCUGGAGAGCGGAGAAGGCAGAGGCCGUCGCGAAAUGAAGUCGUUGGUUCUCAAGCUUCUCAAGGAGAACCUCCUCAUGGCGAAUGGAUCCGCCGAUAUCAGCGUUGAGAGUUUGUACGCCUCGUGCCGGCGCUGCUUAGAGUCGUUGCUGGAUCUCUUCCGACACGCAUCGGAGUCCGCUUUCACGGACCUGUCUCAGGAGAGCAGAGGGCCGGUGGAGCGGCGGAUCAGUCUGGCGGCGGACAAUCUACUCUGGCUGGUAGAGAUCUUGGUCGACCAGCACGCCUCCGACGAGUUCGCCACCUUGUGGGCGAGCCAAAACGAGCUAGCAGAGCUGCACUCGAGGGUGUCCAUAACAUCUCGUCGCCCGGUGAACUACAUCACCUCGAGGCUCUUCGUCGGCAUCGGCAAAGGGGAGCUGCUUCUUUCCAAGGAGACGCGCAAGCAGCUUCUGCACGUCUGGCUGCAGCCUCUCAUUGAUGACUACGGCUGGCUGCAGUACAUCUGGCCGCAUCGUCUCAUCUAUGACUACAGCUGGCUGCAGCACGGCUGCAGGGGGUUCGAUCGCAAGGAGGUGGACGAAGGGAUCGGGAGGACGAUUCUGACUCUGCCGCUGGAGGAGCAGCAGAGCAUCCUACUCUCUUGGCUGGGGACCUUCUUGAAGUCGGGCGACAGCUACCCCAAUCUGGAGAGGGCGUUUGAGGUGUGGUGGAGGAGGACCUUCACAAGGCCUCCUGUAAUCUGCAGAUAGCUAGACUACUAGACUUGGCAAUUUAGGCUGCAAUUUUUUCUUUUUUUUUAAAGAAAAAAUCAUAAUUGGAAAUAGCUCUAAUUAUCUCCUGCA